AUGUUUAGUCGUCUCUACUUUUCUCAGCUCGCAUUCUCUUUCCUAGACAUCAUGGGAGCUGCGACCGGCACUUCCCAGGCUGUGAUAGGGGCUGAGUCAGCCAAGAACCAGCUCACCGGGUUCCCAACUCUGAAGCCUGCCUUCAAUCUGAAGAUCGACGUUCAGGCCAAUGCUCCUGGUGCCGUCGGCCCCACUUCUGCAGGAUCCGAGUUGAUCCACUGGAUCUGCCCAUCCGGCAAACUGACGACCGUUGAGGGGUUCGAGCCCAAAAUCGAAGCAGAUGUUAUCUUCGGCGCUGACUGGCUGUACUUUGACAACGAUAAGAAGUUCGCCAGGCCGAACGUCAAGGCUGUCGCCAAGACGCCUGAAGGCCAGACUCUCACCAUCGAGUACGAUGGGAUUGCGACACUUGCACAGGAGUUCGUCGACAUCUUUGCCGGCAAGCCUGAUGCAAAGACCAUUCCGUUUGGUCUCUCAGUGACCGAGCACCGCUUCCAGGCUGGCGCUCCGGAACUCAAGUUCCUGGAGAACUACAAGUGGAUUGGCAACGGCAGGAUCGUUGUUGGCGAGGAUGCCGAGGGUGGUAGGACUGUAACUGUGGAGUCGCGGAUAUCGCAGGUAGUGCCGAGUACUGUGAUGGACUAAAAUAGAACACAACAGAAAGUUUGCCAGGAUAGCAUUCAACAUGUGGAUUUUCUCGGAGGUGAAAUAAUGACCGAGGGGUCCGUUGGCACAUGGGGGAUUCGUCGCGCAUCGGCUUAGAGUACAUAAUCUUGC